UUCAUUUUUAGGAAAAAAUUGGCAAAGAGAAAUCGGUCAGCCAAUAGAAUUUCAGCAUUAUUCCGCCAUGUUGGUUAUGCUUGCUUCUGAUUGGCUGUUGAACUUUCCAGCUAAAAUAUUUCAAAAGCCCGUUUUAAGGCUGAAGAAUGCUUUUGAAACAUGAAUUCUCUAUAAGUUUAUUAAGUUUAAUAUCAGCAAUCGUGAGUUAUUAAAUUUUAUUGCAUCCAUGAACUGUCUGAGCCUUUGUUGGAAGGAAAAUUCUUCAAAAUUAUUUGUGCAAAAGUUUCCAAUGAAGUGCAGUGUGUUAAUUUUUGCUGCUGCAAUUUUUUGCAUUGUCCAAAAAAUAAAUUCUCAUGACGACGAAUGCCCUAUAAUACUUUCAAGAUUUCAAUGGAGAGCCCAGGAAAGCAAUUAUGUCUACUAUCAGACAAUUCCAGUGGAUAAAGUCAUUAUAAUUUGGUUGGAUGAUUUUACCUGCAAAGGCUCUUUUGAGUGCAGACGCGUUGUGAAGAGUUUGCAAUACGAACACAUUUUCAAGUACAAAAUGCCAGAUAUUGCUUUUAACUUUAUUAUUGAUGACAAUGGUUACGUUUACGAGGGAACUGGAUGGCACAGAAGAGGAUUUCACACCACAGGACACAAUAGAAAUUCUAUAGGGAUCGCCUUCAUUGGAAGGAAAUCAGAAGAUACUGUACCGUCUGAAGAAGCCCUUCAUGUCCUUGUUGAAUUGCUUGAAUGCGGCAUUCGCCAGGGAAAAGUCUCCCUGGAAUACAAAUUGUACGCUCAGCGACAACUCUGCUACCAAUCCAACAAUCCCAGCGACGCUUUCUACUCCGUCAUCCAGGAAUUACCUCACUGGACCGGCGAUUGAAUAAAAACUCUUUUGGAAACUUUUUAUUUUCUUUGG